UUGAUGAAUAUUCAAGUAAAUAUAGGAGGUAACAAAAGAAAAAUCCUAUAUCAUUUUCCCUUAAUUCUGACUUCUCUGGCAAAUAAACCGGUGCAACUCCCGCAAAUGAGAAAAGCCCGCUGAAGACUAUACCUCAGGGAACUUCGGUGUGAGAGCGACACGCUGAACUGCGGUGUGAGACCACAGGUCAGCGUGAGGUCAUUCAACUGAGAAGAAACAUGGCGGCGGCCGGAACGAUCGGAACAAAGAGAGCAGAAAUGGAAGAUUCCAGCUGUGAACAUUCUAAAAUUCCUGGGAAAGAGAUGGACCAUCCUGGGAAGGAGAGUGAUCAUCCUGGGAAGGAGAUGGACUGUACUGAACACCCUAGGAAGGAGAGUGACAGCAGGGAGACCCAGACAACAGACAUGGGCCUGCAGCAGGAAACGUGUGUUGUGAACUUUCCCCAACCUGACAACACAUCAACCUCACAGGUACAGGAGAGCAGCGGCAAUGUGGGAAGUACCCUAGUCCUUGUACCAUGGUCACUUAUCCCAGUCCAGACUAUGAUAGUCCCAGUUCAGAAUAUAAUAAUUCCAGUCCAGAGUAUGGUAAUCCCAGUCCAGAAUAUGGUAACCCCAGUCCAGACUAUUGGAAGUCCUGUGAUCAGAAACACUGGUGAGAAACCCUACAGGUGUGAGAAGUGUGGAUAUAGGACAGCUGAUGAGUCUACCUUAUCCCAACAUAUGAAAGUUCACUCAGGAGAGAAAAAACCCUACAAGUGUGACCAGUGCGACUAUGCUGCUGCUCAAAAAUGUGAAUUGGAUCAACAUCUACCAAAACACACCGGUGAGAAACCCUACAUGUGUGGGGAGUGUGGGUACAGGUCAUCCUUUAAAUCUGGCUUAUACCGACAUAUGAAACGCCAUACAGGAGUAAAACCUCACAAAUGUGAACACUGUGACUAUUCCACUGCAGAUAAAUGCAGUUUGGACACGCAUCUACUAGUAAAGCACACCGCUGACAAGCCCUACAUGUGCGGGGAGUGUGGUUACAGGACAGCUUGGAAGUAUGGCUUGACCCAGCAUGAAAGAACUCAUACAGCAACAGAAAGAACCUACAAAUGUGACCAGUGCGAUAAGGCCUAUACAAACAAAUCUGCUUUGAACCAACACUAUAAGAAGCACAGCAGUGAAAAACAUUACAUGUGUGAGAAGUGUGAUUACAGGACGACUCAAAAGUCUCUCCUAACUAUCCAUGUGAGAACCCACACUGGAGAAAAACCCUAUAAGUGUGACCAGUGCGACUAUUUUGCAGCAAGCAACUCCACCUUGCGCCAACACCUUAUUACAAAACACACCGGUGAGAAACCUUACAUAUGUGGGGAGUGUGGGUACAGGACAACUCACAAGUCCGACUUAUCCAGACAUAUGAGAACCCACACAGAGGAAAGACCGUACAAAUGUGACCAGUGCGACUAUUCUGCAGCAUGGAAAACUGCUUUGAAGCAACACCGAGCAAAACACACUGGAGAUAAACCCUUCGUGUGUGGGGAGUGUGGGUACAGGACGGCUUAUAACAUGACUUUAGCCAGACACAUGAGAACCCACACAGGAGAAAAACCCUACAAGUGUGAUCAGUGUGACUAUUCUGCAGCACAGAAAUAUGAUUUGAACAACCAUCGAGCAAACCAUACCGGUGAGAAACCCUACAUGUGUUCUGAGUGCGGGUUCAUGACUGCAAACACGUCCAACUUAGCCAAACACAUGAGAACCCACACAGGUGAGAAACCCUACAAAUGUGACCACUGCGACUAUGCUGCUGCACGGAAAAGCGGGUUAAACCGCCAUCAAGCGAUACAUACUGGUGAGAAACGCUUCGUGUGCAACGAGUGUGGGUUUAGGACAGCUAGAAGGUCACACUUAAACCUACAUAUGAUGACCCACACAGGAGACAAACCAUACAAGUGCGACCAGUGUGACUAUUCUGCAGCACAGAAAAGGCACUUGGAUCAACAUCUUACAAAACACACGGGUGAGAAACCCUUCAUGUGUGAUAAAUGUGGGUACAGGACGGCUUAUCAAACGGACUUUUCCCGACACAUGAGAACUCACACAGGAGAAAAACCCUACAAGUGUGACAUGUGCGACUAUUCUGCAGUACAAAAACGCCAGUUGGACAAACAUUUAGCAAAACACACCGAUGAGAAACCCUAACUAUGUGUGGAGUGUGGAUACAGGACGGCUCAGAGGAUUUACUUAUCUAGACACAUAGGUGAAAAACUGUGACCAGUGUGACUAUUCCGCUGCACAGAAAGAUUAUUUAGACAAACAUCUAGCAAAACACACUGGCAAGAAAACCUACAAUGUGUGUGACUUCAGGACACAAACAAAGUGUGACUUAUCGCGACACAUGAGAACACACAAGGGAGAGAAACCUCACAAGUGUGAUCAGUGUGACUAUUCUGCAGCACGGAAAUCUGACUUGCCACACACGAGAACACACACAGGUGAAAAACACUACAAUUACGUGAGACCAGUGUGACUAUUCUGCGGCCCCAAUUUGUGUACUGUUUCAGCAGUGCUAUGACUGAACCAGAUGUGAUCUAACGUUGGCUGUUUCUUGCCG